CUCUUCACUUCGCAUUCAGUUUCAUUCAGUUUUUCUCUUUCUUCGCGCACGGUUCAGUGAUAGGAAUCGUUCAGAAAAGUCCCGAGAUCCGUUCGCUAUUCCCCGACUCGAAUAAAAUCAAUAUACAUAACAAACAACUGAAAAAGGAAUCCUCAGAGAAAAGCGUGUUGAAAGUAGCAAAUCAGUGUACAAUAAGUAAAGAAAGACCGAAACAAAGUUUUAAAGUUGUAAAUCAGAACCAGAAUCUCGUCGAGAACAAAACAAAAAUCCCCCCAAAAAACCAACAAACACACACAAACACAGCAAAAAUGAGUGUCUGUGAGAGCAAAGCCGUUGUGCAACAGCAACUGCAGCAGCACUUGCAGCAACAGGCAGCCGCAGCAGUGGUUGCGGUGGCGCAGCAGCAGCAGGCGCAGCAACAGGCUCAAGCCCAGGCUCAAGCUCAGGCUCAAGCUCAGGCUCAGGCCCAGGCUCAGGCGCAGGCACAGCAGGCGCCGCAGGUGGUGGUUCCGUUGACCCAGCCCCAUUUGACCCCGCAGCAGCAGCAGCAGAGCACACAGAGCAUCGCCGACUAUCUGGCCCAGUUGCUCAAGGACCGCAAGCAGCUGGCCGCCUUUCCCAAUGUCUUCACCCACGUCGAACGUCUCCUGGAUGAAGAAAUUGCACGCGUGCGCGCCUCACUGUUCCAGAUCAAUGGGGUCAAGAAGGAGCCCCUGACUCUGCCCGAACCCGAGGGCUCUGUGGUGACGAUGAACGAGAAGGUUUAUGUGCCAGUGCGCGAACAUCCAGAUUUCAACUUUGUCGGUCGCAUUUUGGGACCCCGUGGCAUGACCGCCAAGCAAUUGGAGCAGGAGACCGGCUGCAAGAUCAUGGUCCGAGGCAAGGGAUCCAUGCGCGACAAGAAGAAGGAGGAUGCCAACCGCGGCAAGCCCAACUGGGAGCAUCUGUCCGAUGACCUACAUGUCCUGAUAACUGUUGAGGACACCGAGAAUCGUGCCACGGUCAAAUUGGCCCAGGCCGUUGCCGAAGUGCAGAAAUUGCUCGUGCCGCAAGCCGAAGGCGAAGAUGAGCUUAAGAAACGUCAACUUAUGGAAUUGGCGAUUAUUAAUGGCACUUAUAGGGAUACAACAGUGAAAUCUGUCGCAGCUUUUUCAUGCGUUGGCUCUGCUUCUUAUCUGUAUCCCGCAGUGUGCGAUGAGGACUGGCGCCGCCUGAUGGCCGCCUCCGACAGCCGCCUGCUGACGCCCACCGGCCUGCCCGGCCUUGCCGCCCAGAUCCGCGCCCCCGCCGCCGCCCCGCUGGGUGCCCCAUUGAUCCUGAACCCGCGGAUGACCGUCCCCACCACGGCGGCCAGCAUACUGUCCGCCCAGGCCGCUCCGACAGCCGCCUUCGAUCAGACCGGCCACGGCAUGAUCUACGCCCCGUACGACUAUGCGAGCUACGCCGCCCUUGCCGGCAAUCCUCUGCUCACGGAAUAUGCUGAUCAUAGCGUAGGCGCCAUUAAGCAGCAGCGUCGUUUGGCGACUAACCGCGAACAUCCCUAUCAGCGAGCAACGGUCGGAGUGCCAGCCAAACCGGCGGGUUUCAUUGAAAUACAGUAAAUCAACCGGUCCGCGGUCCAAAUCACUAAAAACAGAAAGUUCAAUUUUUUUAUAUUACACAUCAUAACACCAAAAGCAACUUAAAACCCUUUUAUCAAUCAUUUUCGAGAAGAACAGAAAGAAAAACGAACAACAGAAGUCGAACGAUUGCGUUGCCUGACCUUGGAUUGCGUUUGAAAGGCAACCAAUCGAUUUAGUUCAAUUAUUUUAACUUUGCGCUAUUUAUUUUGAUAUCUAUGCUGCUCAUAAAGUCCUGCACUCCCCCCCAAAACCAACAAACCACACUGUAUAUCCGAUGAAACCUGGCCGGAAACGUUGGCCAGGCCAGGCCGCUCUGCCCUGAUCAGAGUUCCGCAAAACAAUUGUCAAGCGCACCGCCUCCACAGGUUAGUUGUGUUUCUACUCCUCUAUUUAUUUUAUCAAACUAUUAUUUUCUUUAUGUGUUAUCUUUCCCCCGGAAUAAAAUGCAAAUGAGACUCAUGGUUCGCUUGCAUUCUAUUUCGAUUGCGAUUGUUUUGAAACAACAAGCAAAACAAAAUUUUGAUAAAACAAAAGAACAGACACAUGCAAAAUCUAUCACUCCAGACAAGCUCCUGGAAUGAAGAGUUGAAAUAUCUUUUUAUACGAAUAUAUUUAUACACAAAUUUUUAUAUUAGUUUUCCUUUGUUUCCACGUUGACUUGUGCCUUUGAUGUUUUACAUACACGCAAAAAAAAAGUUGAAAAAAAUAUAUAUAUAUGAAAAAAAAAGUGAAGAAAAGGACUUCAAAACAUUUUAGUAGAUUUUUAUUUGUAUUACUCUCGGAUAAGCCAUAUACCUUAUUUAAAAACAAACAAAAAAACGCUCUUUACGAGAUAUGAAUUUUACAUGUGUAUCCUAGACCUAAGUCCCCUGUUUAGCCUCUUAAGAUUAUAUGAUUAUUUUGUAUUAUGCGUUCGAAUGUAAAUGUUGCAAUUGAACCGAAAGUGUACCACAAAGAAAUAAAGAUCAAUGAUUUUUGUUGAAGUAAAAACAAAAAAACCUAAAAAAAAUCAACACAACAAAAAACAAACAAAACAAAAUCCUUACCAAGUCUUAUGAUUCUUUAUUGUUCUACGAACUUGACUUCUUUCAGAACUCUCCUAAAAUGAAAUUUUAAACCAAAAUCUAACGCUUUUUAAACUUAACACCCAACGAAUAAAUAAUGAUAUUUAUUUCUCGUAUUCAAUCGUCACACAUAACUCAUUGAUCAGAAAUAUUAAUAAACACUUCACUUUGUUUGUUUGCAACUCUAGUGACUAAGACAAUUUAACUAUAGAACCCAGACACAACCGCAUUUAUACAUAACAAAAACACUCACCCACACACGUCCUUUGGGCAUAACUCUAUGCUUACCACCCACUCUUCGAUUGAUCAUUAAUCCCACCAACCCAACCGUCAACCAGACCAAGCAACCAACCAACCAACCAACCAACCAACUACUACCAAGAUACCACCACAAGUGCUAUGGCAUAUGCAUUAUAAUUUAUGUAUCCUAAGAAGCGUAUAUUUGCAUAUCUGAUACACGUACCUAUGUGUACUUACCACACUUAAUCUUUAAGCUUAUGGGUUGCGGUAUUUCCUGUCUAUGAUUAAUUGAUCUCUAGACUAGUUAGUUAAUUACAUAACUUGUAUAACUCCAAACCUCACGAAAUUGCAUUGGCAUUUGCUUAAAACUGAAUGAAAAAGAAUAAUAGAACGGAAGGAACUUAAUCUCUUGUCAUCUCUGUGAUUACCGAACUUUUUUCCAGUUAAUUAUUUUUAACUAAAUAUCCAAAGUUCAUCGAUUUAUUAUUAGUCCUUCAAACGCUAAAACAAGAUCAAAUAAAAGCAUACCCCUUAAAACUGUAAAUAAAUCUACAUUUUUAACUGAGCUAGAUAAAAUCACUAAAAAUAGACAGCAUUAAUGUAAAGAUAAAACAUGUAAAUAACGCUUUUUUAUGUUAUCUUAUAAUUUAUUUAUUUUAGCAUUUGAAUACAAAAAAAAAAUAAUCGGAACCCUGUGAUAAGAGCUUAUGCACCUGCAAUUUUAUGUAAUCUUUUUGUUUACUUUAUUUUCCCCUAAUUAUUACGUGAUCAAGUUAUAAAUAGCAUAUUAAAACCAUUAAACGGUAUAAACAUUUAUUUUAUAGCCAAAAAAUAAAAAAAAAAACAAAAUAUGUGAUGUAAUACUAUUGCUAAUUAUAACUAACCAAAGGCCAAGUUAACCAAAAACAAACAAAAGAAAACAAGUAAAAAGAAUUAAUCUCAAAAGGAAUAAAAAUCCUAUCAUGUUCUUGUAAAUUUGAAACUGAGAACCAACUUAAAUAACCAUCAAAUGUUGCAUCAAAUAACGUUUCAACAACACAAAAAUAUUCGCACUAUCUACAAUAUCUAUAAAAAUAUUUUAAUAUCCUGUCGAUGAAACUCUAAUGAUAAUAAUGUAUGUGUUUGUCUUUAUUAAAGUCAAAAAUGUUCAACGCAUCAUAAGAUUUCUAAAAUUUUAAAUGAUGCGCUUAGCAUUAAGCAAAAAGUUACUAAACGUUUUCUGACAAUUCUCCAUUCAGCAUGUUUUUAUGCGCUCCACUGAUCAUACAAAUACUAAAUAAAUGCGUGGUAACUUUUUGCGUCCAUAACUCACAUAACAUAGGAUAAUUACAUGAAAAACUAACUGCUAACCAUAAAAUAUUAAUCAAACUCUAUUUCCACUUCUAUGAAUCUCUCUCUUUACAUGCUAACUUAAAAAAAAAAAAAAAACCAAACAACACAAACAAAUAUAUUCGACAUACUCACAAACGUUUAAUUAAAAAAAAAAAAUGUAUUAAAACAAAAAAUGUAAUAAUAUUCCAAUGGAAACCAAUCAAA